CACACUACUACUCGGCCUCACUCGCUCUACUACUACCUUCAAAAACACCUUUCCCCUUGCUCUUUUAACUCUCCAACCAUACUACCCCUAGCAACCCAGACUGCAACCCCCCCAGCAAUCAUGGCGGUCCGCGCACAAUUUGAGAACUCGAACGAGGUCGGCGUCUUCGCAACCCUCACAAACGCCUACGCCAUCGUCGCCGUGGGCGCCUCGGAGAACUUCUACAGCGUCUUCGAAGCCGAGCUGCAGGACGUGAUACCCAUCUGCCAUGCCACGAUCGCGGGCACGCGGAUAGUAGGGCGGCUGACGGCUGGCAACCGCAAAGGCCUCCUUGUCCCGACCUCGACCACCGACCAAGAACUCGCGCACCUGCGCAACUCGCUCCCCGACGCCGUCAAGAUCCAGCGCAUCGAGGAGCGGCUGUCGGCGCUGGGCAACGUCAUCUGCGCCAACGACCACGUCGCGCUGGUGCACCCGGACCUCGAGCGCGAGACGGAGGAGAUCAUCGCCGACGUGCUGGGCGUGGAAGUGUUCCGGCAGACCAUCGCCGACAACGUGCUGACGGGGAGUUACAUGGCGCUGAGCAACCAGGGCGGCCUCGUGCACCCCAAGACGAGCGUGCAGGACCAGGACGAGCUGUCGAGCCUGCUGCAGGUGCCGCUGGUGGCCGGCAGCGUGAAUCGCGGGAGUAGUGUCGUCGGCGCCGGCAUGGUGGUGAAUGAUUGGAUGGCUGUGACUGGCCUCGAUACCACAGCGACAGAGCUCUCGGUCGUCGAGUCCGUCUUCCGGCUCGGCGAGGGCAUGGGCCCCAGCGCGAUUAACACGACGAAUAAAGACACGAUGGUUGAGUCGUUCUACUAAGCGAGUCCCAGGGGAGGAAGUUCUGUCAGAUUCAGCUGAACGAGGCGAGGAUUCUAGGAAGGAGUGGUCUUGCUAGCUUCUAGGAUGAAGCGAUCAGCGGACUGCUUCCGAGACCACGGAGGCGUCAUCUACUUCCUCUGGCGUAUGAGGUAUGGAAAGUCUCGGCGCACGGCGUCUUGAGCAGCAGAUAUAGGAUACCGACCAGGGAAGACGAAUGAGGGC